GUAUUCAUAGCUGUACAAUGUUCUCUGGUCGGUAUGUCGUUUCAGGUCGCGAAUUUUUCAAAUUUAUCUCGUAAAUUUGUAAAGAUUUUAUUCAGUAAUUAAUAAUAUUUCAAUUUUUAUUCGAAUUUGUAUUUUUUGAUGAAUUUUGACUUGGAAAAAAAUUACCAUCGGGGUUUUUUCCCAGUCGCGAGUAUCACAAUCGAAAUUUUCUGAUGUAAUGUAUUACGUACAAUAUUUACGAAUAUAACGAUGGUACUUUAAUUGCGGUUAUGAGGUUUAAAAAAAUUUUCGCUAAUUAAAUUUGGUUUUUGAUUCGAACGUAUAUUCGUUGCUAGCUGAGAAUAUUCGCAUGGUCGUGUAAAAUUCAUAAGUACGACGAUACACCCAUAUUUUUUUUUCAUCAGAUAGCUGUGCAAAUUUGCAAUAGAUAACGUAAUUGUACCCGUGAGGAUGCAGGAGUUAUGAGACAGUGGCCAUCUUUUUCGGCUAGCCCAUCAACUUCUUCAAAUAAGAUAUCUUCUUCUUCAAAUUUGUGCGAAGUUCGAUAUCCUUUCGGUGUUCAGAACGAUUUGGGUCACGUUGUUCUUCAUGGUAGAAGUUUUGAUGAUCGUAAUGAUAACCAGAGCGUUGUGAAAUGUCAGAAAGUACUAUUUCCAUACAAACGCGACGUGGGUAGUCCGUCGAAAUUUUCAGAACAUACUAACAGUCGUAGUACAUCUGAAGAUACAGCAGUAGAUGCUUUUGUUCUAGAAAAAGCUAUUAAAGAAAACGACGUUGUCAAAGUCAAACAUUUUUUAAUCGAACAUCGUGGUAAAUUUCAAUUAAAAGAACCGCAAGAUAGGAAACCGUUGGUGGAAAAUGAAAAUCAAGGACAAGAAACUACCCCAUUGCUUUCAAGUGAAACAGAGAAGACUGACAGGAAGAAAAUUAAUUCCGAUGUAUAUAACUAUUCGUCAAGCUCGUCAUCAUCGACGUCGUUGUCGUCUUCGUCGCAAAUCUCGACAGAUCUGUCAUCCGGUGAGAACUCACCGGCCAUAUAUACGAACGCAUUGCACGUAGCAGUCGAGUACGAUGCUGUGGACGUAGUUAAACUACUCCUCAAGUACAGCAUCGAUCCGGAGUCUAAAGGGCUAUGUUCAGCUAACCAGUCAAAUUAUCUUAGUUUGUCUAACAGAAUAUUUGAAAAUGUCGACAAUAAUAUUACCGUUUCGGCGAGCCGACCUAAAACGUCGACUUCCACAUCGCAACUGGCCGCCGAACAUUCUACAAUAACGAUACGCCAAUAUGUCGGCGAGCCUGCCGCCAUACUUGGCGAAGAAUCUGGUACUUCGUCCAAGUCCGGAAGCAAUAAUUCUUCGACAAAUAGAGUAUACUGCCCAUUACACUAUUUACCAAAAAGUAUUUCUUCUUCGUUGUUAUUGAAAAAUUCGCCGAGUGGAGCUCAUUAUCAAAAAUCACCCGCUCAGUACCAGUCGUCGCCUCAGAAAUACUCCGCAUCAGCGAAUAACUCGCCUUUGAGGUAUUUCGCUUCCAAACAAUCCGCCGAAAAGGUCGAAAUUAAAGAAGAUAGCUGUGAUGGAAAAGACUCAGGGACCAAAAUACCUUCAACGUCGGGUUCAGCACCGCAAACCGAACCGGUACCGGAUCCGAUUAGCGUGUCGGUUCCGAGACGUGUUAGUUGGGUUUCACGAAGCACCCCAGCUAGCUGUUCGCAAACCGAUCGUAGAAAAAGAAUGCCUUUCAAGCAUUUAACGAGACAGAGAUCUUUUUCGUUAGAAUCGCAAACAACCGCCAUACCGAAGAGUACCAGUUUGGAAAUCAGUCGUAAAUGUGUUUCGUUGAAGUCAAGCCCUUUAAUUUCCGCUCAUCAUGUUUCCACCCUUCCUGCAUCUUUUUCUAUGAAAACUUCUAUUAGUAGUUCUCCCCUUGGUGUUCAAAAACAGUCAACUCCCGAAAGGAGUAUCAUGGCUGAAUUGAGACGCAGUAGUGAAAUUUUUAAAAGUAUACUGUUAAAUUUAUCCGUCAAAGAAAACGAUUCCAUUUUGGAGGUUGUGCAUUCGUCGACGUCGUCUAUUGUCGAUAACGACGUCGAUGUUGAUAAUUUGAUGGCAUCUCAUAAGCAACAUUGUUUGGAAAAUUAUCGAUAUUUUGGUGACACGAGUUCGUCGUCUUCAACUUCUUCAACGUUCUCGUCCAGAUCAUCGUCACCGGAUCGCAGCAGUUUUUGUGAAUCAGAUCUAGAAGAAGGAGAAAAAUAUAGCAAAGCGGUACACGAUAUGGAGAACGUCACGUAUUUAAAAAUUAACACCAAUAUCCCUCCUAAUAAGCUUGGUGAAAUGAGCGAAACCUAUGGAAGAAAUUAUUUGUACGGAUUGCCGCCUCUUUUUUUAGCUGUCGUUAGAGGGAAUGCCAUUGUUACCGGGUUGCUCAUGAAGUACGGAGCGAAUGUCAAUUUUCAAGAUACUUUUGGAAAUACUCCUUUACAUUUAGCCAUGUGUCAGUCUAAUAUCCCGUGGGAAUGUGUACUCGAUUUACUGGAAAAUGGAGCUCGAAUUUGUUUAGCGAAUCACCGAGGAAUACGUCCGGUGGAUCUAACCUCAAAACCAAUCUUACAACGCCUUCAGUCACACAUAGUAGACAGUUGUUGGCUCAGCAUUACAGAACCCAGCCACCAACAUCAAGCUGUGGUGACAUCUUCGAAUAUAAAGUCGGCAGUUACUCCGGGAUGCAUAUUGAGAAAGUUACGUUCAAAUCCCGGCGAAUCGGUAGAAGAAGGUGCAAGCGUCGAUUCCACGGGUUUAUCUCCAUCUGGUUCGAUCAGAAGUAAAAGCAGCGUUCGUAGUCUGGAGGUUUCUAAGAAGGAUUCGAAUACAGUUAAACAAAAACUAAACGAAGCUCGUCGCAGUUACAAAUCCCGCAGAAGAGAAUGGAGGGAGGCGGUGCAAAGAAGACAGACAUCGGUACAAUCAGCGAAGUUGGAAGAACCUCAAGAUUACAUAUUCGAAAGAAGUUUAAAGAUUCUUAUCUUGAUGUCAAGCAAUUUCGAAUGCUUGGGCCACUUAAUAAGGGAGUUCUUACGCAACGUUGGCAAAGUUUUAAAUUUAUUUCAACAGAAAAACGACAAAGUUUUACGCAGAGCCAUUUCCGCUUUUUUACAUAAUAUGCUAAAGACUGGGGUAUCUACGUAUCCAUCAUCACCAUCGAUCGUUUCAGAUGUAGAACAGCUAUCUCACAAUCGUAAAGAAUUGACUGCCAUUUUAUGUAUGAUUUCAAAAAUCUGCCUUCAUUUGAUCCACAGCGUACACGGAGCUCAGUACACAGCCAUGUUGAUCCUCAACAAAAUCAUCGAUUUGGCUGUAAAACAUCAACUGUCGUUUUGUAAAACGAAAAUAUGCGAAUCGUUGCAACACCCUUGUAGACUGGAACAAGAGACGUGCUCGAACAAUGGUAACGAAUCUCCAACUUGUUUCUCACGUAAGGGUAGCCAAAGUCGCAUACAGAAAACAUUCUCAAAACGACCAAGCUUUGUUGCCAAACACGAACAACCCCAGCAACCAAUUAAAUCGAAAGAAAUUACCGAAGAGUGCCUUAUGGAUGUGCUGAGUUGUACUCACGCGUCUUCUGUGUUGAAUACGUUGCAUAAUGCACUGACCCUUUUUAAGCGUGUCAUCAAUAGUCAUCGAACGUGCACUCCGAGCAAGAGACUUCUACACUGCAGUUACCAUUGUUUGCAAGUAUUAUCCGGCAGAGUGUUGCUAUAUAUGACGCAGAGCGAAGAAGUACAAAAUGAACUGCUGCAAGAACAACAAUUACGAAUAUUAGCUGCCACUUUGGAUCUAACACAUGAUCCGCAAUUAUUGGUGCUGAUGUUGCAAAUUUUUGCUAACGCUGCCUUACACCCGAGACACCAUCGCGUACUGAUCGAUCAAGGUAUACCGGAUUUAUUAAGCCAAUUAUUACUGCCAUCGGACGACUGGUAUUACAAUGCACACAGCACCAAGUAUGGUUUAUUUGUGAAACACCACGUGUCUCGGGUCUUAGUUUAUUUAGGCUAUCAACAUCGAGUUAAUCAUAAAUAUUCUGUGUUCGAUUAUCAUAUACAAGAAGAGUUCAAAGAACAACAAAGAUUGUUAGAACUACAUCAGCAACAACAGCAGCAACACCAACAACAACAACAACAGUUACAGCAGCAAUCACGUAAUCAAAAUCCGCAACUGCUGACUCAGUUGCUAGUUCAGCAGUUGCAACAACAGCAACAGCAGCAACAACAAAGUAGCCUUGAUUAUGAUAAAUCAAAAGGCAAAGAGUCUGAAACUCCGAAGAGUGAGAAGGAUUACAUCACUUAUACAUCUAUUUGCCCGAGCAUUGUGCAAAAUGAGACUGAAAUUAUUACCGGUAUUUCUGUCGAGAAUUCUGUGUAUAAUACGUUGAAAGUUAUUGAAUCGACUUUAAGUCAGCCCCCUGUACCUUUUGAAUCCUCGACCUUACAUUGGGUUAUCAAUGGUUUUUUCUAUGGCCAGAUAAACAAUGCAGGUCAAUUCCCCCCGCGUAAGUUACCAAAUGAUCCGAAUACGGUGUUAUUUGCUCAAAAUUUUAUGUCUUGUUUUCCUUACGUUAUAAAUCCUAUUAUUUUAUUAAGACUGUUAAGUCACCGACUAAUGACCACUGCACCAUUACAUCGUUGGAAAAGUAGCGCUUCCAGGUCGAGCUUCGGCUCGGUACUUACCCAUGAUAUUCCUCGAUCUCCUCGUAGUCGAGCUUCAUCCACCGAAACGGAGACCAGCACUCUUCGUAAACGUAGAAAAGUGAAUUUAACUUUAGACUGUGCCAAUUACGAUUAUGACCCUGGGGCUGUGGAAGAAAGUUCGAAUUCAGUGAGCUCUGUGAGAGCAGGGAGGCCUACCCCGAGACCGUCGCAAUGUCGUGAAAGUAGUAUAAGUAGUGCCUCGGGAUUAGGCAUUGAACCUGCAAUGCAAGCUAUUCAUGUGUUUUCCAAUAUGCUGAGAUAUGCUCCGUCUAGAGACAGUAUCAGAAGUACCGGUAGUUGCGACGAGAGGAGGAAUUUUUUAGCCUUGAAUUUGCAUUUGAAAGCCAGGCCGACAUUUCGUUUCUCGAGUUUAAAACAUCCGAGUAAAAGAAGAUCGAAGUCACAGGCCAACAUUAGUAAGGUUGAACACACGAGCAGAGGCAGAGAAACAGCCGAACAAGAUAUUCUAGCUUUUCAAAAACAACUUCAAAAUUUACCCGAUUUCGAUUCACCAGACAAUCCUAGCAAUCAAAUUUUAGACGCUGCGAUGGCAGUUAGCGAAUUUUUAUCGGGUCGAUCGUUACUAAGGCCUAGAUCGAGAUCGAUGCCCAGAGUUACCUACGAAUCGAGUCGAUAUCUCGCCUUACCCGAUAGCGGAUUUUCCUCCAGAUUGCCUAGAGGAAGAUCGGCCGGCACGUUGGGGUUUCAGACUGAUCUACAUGGUGCAUUUGGUGCCCUACUAAUGGGUAGUCCUGUCACAACACCUACUGAUGAUCGUAGACCGUCUGCUCAGCCGAUUGCGAUGCCGAAUGUUGCUCAAGGUGUUACGUCGUGUAAUUCAAAUAGUCGAAGGAGUUCUUUGUCUCCAGCUUCGGAUCGCAAUAACAGGAGACGUGAUAGUCCGGCUUGUCUGCAGAUGGAAGUGCCUCCCAGGCAUAGAGCCAUAUUGUCUUUCGUUGAGGAAUGGAUGAAAAUUUCCAGAAUUGAACUAGAACACAAUAUUCCUUUAAUUAGAGAACUGAGAGAUUUUUUAUCCAAAGUUACCACUUGUGGAGCUCCUUAUCAGCAAUGGUGUUCUGAAAUACGUCAGGAGUUCACAGCUCUGAAUAAAGACCCCGAUUCAGAUAAUACAGACAAUCACGAUGAUGUUGAUCGCGAAUAUUGCCAGCUUUUAAAGUUGGUAGUUAGCGGAGACCUGCCAUGUAGCAAAGAAGAAGCAGCAGUUCUGGCAGGGAUUCAAUUACGCAUCGAAGAAUCCUGGGGACGGCCAAAUUUCCUCACAGUUUCAUCUCCAAUGCCAACCACUCCUUACGGAGACGAAGAUCUAACUAUGCUCAAACCUAUAUCCGAAGAUAAAGAAAGCUUUCUCUUAGAAGUGCCCACUUUCGGAGGCCAUACCGGAAGUAAAACAAUAAGACUGGUUAGUCCUUUGGCCGAAGACGCCGAAAACGAAGAAGAAAUGGAGGCUCCGGCCGAAACCAAGAAAACUGUCACUGUGUCCAGUGGCAGUACAAAGACUGAAGAGUCUCCUCAUACUAAACAUUCGGGGAACAGUUUGCUCAGAAAAUGUUAUCCGUCUAGUUCGAACCAAGUGUCUUCGUUUUUACCAUCGGGAGGCCAUUUGGACGAAUUUUUGCCACCUUGUUACCAUGGGACCAAGACUAUCGCCAAGUUAAUCAAGGAACAAAAAAGAAAACUUUUUCAUACAUCGAUAUACGAAUCGGAAAUCCAGUUGAAAAAGCUCUACAUUCAAACAUGCAAACGUCUUCCUGCCUUCAACUGCAAAGUUUUCCAAGUAAAGGAGUUACUUCGAGGCAAGACGAAGAAAAGGGCCACACGAUUAUUAGGAUUGGGUCCGCAGAAGGCGGUUUUGUUAGAUGACAAAACGAAGAUAUUAUCGAAAUCGCAAAAUUCCGUCGAUUUGCAACAAUGGCGUAGCGGAGGCGGAAGAUCGCACGAUCGUUUGCAAUUAGAAUUUCGGGCCACGCGUUGGUCGUUAAUUGUGCCCUCGAUUCAGGCUAUGAGAGAAAUUGGCGUCACGUUAUGGCAAAUAUUACAAGAAAUUGAUUCGAAUUUUUUAGAGGAAUAUGCCUCUCUAAAAAACACAAAGCAAUCGGAACUGUCGAUUAAGAAGCCAAUCACGUCUAUUUUCCAACCAAUAUACACCAUCGAACUGGAGUCGUUUCAAAAGUUAUUACAUUUCCCUGAAGAAGUAGCCUUAUCACUGUCCGAAGCUGAAAAUAACCUGUUCUAUCAAGUACCACCGAUUGACUACCUGAGACAGGUGACGUUGGAUUUAGGCGGACCUCCGACAUCGCGGACUACAGUUAGGACACUAGUCAAGAGAUUUAACGAGGUGAGCUCGUGGAUAACGCAUUUGAUUAUUAUGCAACCGACACAUGAAGACCGAAAAGCAGUAUUAUCUUGUAUAUUGAGGGUGGCAGUCACAUGCUGGAAUAUUGGAAAUUUCAACGGAGCCAUGGAAAUUUUAGCCGGACUGAAGUCGAUGAAAUUGAAACCGUUCUGGUUAUCAAUUAAGGAAAAAGAGUCGCAAGGAGUGCCAUUGUUGGACUGGCUUUCGAAUUCGUUACUAACGCAACGUUACGAAGAGGCACUUUCAACAGCGUUGAAAAUACCCGAAUGUCCAAUUAUACCGUUUUUUGGAUCUUUCAUCAAAGAAUUAACCGAUGUAGUUAGAAACACUCCUAGUUUGGUGGUGCUGGCUCCCAAUUUACAGAGUAAAGAAUUGCAAAAAUUGCAAGAGAAUUUACCCGAUUUAGUCGAAGAAGAUCACUAUUUAACCAUAAUUAACGCAGCUGGGCUAAUUAAUUUGGAUAAAAUGUAUCAAGCUCAAAAUAUCAUGGAUCAUAUCGCCGUCUUUCACGGGCAUUUCUUCAAUCGUGAAAGAAUCAUUUGUACGCCCACGGAAAGUAUACAUACGCCGGAAAUCGAAAGAUCUUAUACUAUCGACGAAGACGAAGGUAACUGUUUCCAAACGGAAAUGGAUUCGUACGUUCCAAUCCAGCCGGUGAACUAUGACCAUGGAGUGUGCACCUUUCCUAUAACCACGGCCUGUUCUGGUUUAAAUACGCAUAUUUUACAGAUGCUACAUCACGGUACUACAGCCAUUCACUGGGACAUCGAAGGUUCCAGAUCUUGCCUGAUUUACAUUCGAUUAGAACGAAGCGGCUCGGUUUUAUCGUGGAGGAAACCAUUUUGGAGCGGGUUAAAAACCUCGACGGUCACUGUGCCAGAUUACCAACUGGGUAUCAGACCUGAAGACAUCUCGACUCCGGGAUCGCCCAACAAACCGUUCGGUGAAAUAACCUCGAUUGGUUUAGAAGAAGGGUUCUUGGAUUUAUCCUACGUCAAAGAAAUCUACUCCGGGGCCAAAGAUAAAGAAAAAGAAGUCGAAUUGAUAGCCACGCUUAAAAGAUACGGUUUCGAUUCCAGCCUGAUGAACGAAUCUUGCCUAGCUUUACUAUUCGGAGCGAAUGUCAGCGAUAAUCGAAUGCUGUAUUUGUUAUUCCCGCCGAAAGUUUUCAAGAUAUGGUUCGAAGGCCUAUGUAAUAUUAUUAGAGGCUUGAAGUACCAGUUACAGUUGACCGACCGGAGAAUAAUUUGGCUAAAAGAACAGUACAUUCAAUUAUACUUGAACGAAGGAAAUUUUACCAGACCAACUAUUAUGGAUGCGAUUCGAGUAUUCGGUGGUCGUGAUUGGUCGUUGACUGGAACAGGGAGUGGUAUAUCACCUCCGGAAAAUGGAGCCAUAAAACGAGGCACAUCUAUACGUAUUCGCAAGAAAAGAUCCAUUGGUAAUUUGCAAAUGGUCAAGGGCGAACUUGUGAGUAAGCCAUGCGAUAUAACUGAUCUAGUCGUUGGUACAAAAUGCAGACAAGGUUUAGGACCAGGAACUUACUCUUUACCUCCGCCUAGCAGAAGUCGUUCAAUAUCCAGUGAUAUAGAUACAAUAAAAAGUCCUCACGGAUCGAGUGAACAUUUAGAUAAAACCAGCCCUUCGCGAAAGGAGAAGAAAAAUGAUAUAUUGUCGCAGAUCAAGAACAUUCCUCAAGGUACCAUCACCCAAGAAACGCAAAUCGAUUUUCACGAUUUUGUGCAGCUUUUCAGAUCAUUCAAUUUGAGGUGUCGUAAAGAUAUACGCGAAUUAUUUGAACACUUGGCGGUUUCUGGACGAAGCGUAUCCGAUGGUUCACUGACCGAUAGCGGUAGGAGUUCUCCCGAGCAUGGCCGAAAGAGGUCUAGACAAAUUGGCUUAUUGACACGAAACAGCUCUUUCGAACUGGAAGAAUCGAGGAAUUCUUCAAGCAUCCAUAAAAAGAAAAUAUUCGACGCGAUUGCCGCUGCCAGCAUUAUUUCAAAUUCAGCUGGAGUUGACACAUCUAGAUCUCAAAUUAUUACACUGAGUAACUUCUCAAAGUUCCUGGAAACCAAACAAAUGGAAAGGCUGUCUGAAAAUGAAGUUAUUGCCCUGAUUCACAGACAUGAACCUGAUUCAGUUCUGAGGUUUCAGAAUUGUCUAUCGUUUGAAGGAUUUGCUCGUUAUUUGAUGGAUAAGGAUAAUUACGCGUAUCCGAAUGAACGAAUGGAGCCCAAUGAUAUGGAUAUGGAUAAACCUUUAUCUCACUAUUAUAUCGCUUCAUCUCAUAACACGUAUUUGACUGGGCAUCAGUUGAAAGGCGAAUCUUCCGUUGAUCUUUAUACUCAGGUGCUUUUGACUGGGUGUCGUUGUGUAGAACUGGAUUGCUGGGAUGGUGACGAUGGUAACCCAUUAAUCUACCAUGGCCACACAUUUACCACCAAGAUACCAUUCAAAGCCGUCGUCGAGGCUAUAAACAAGAGCGCCUUUGUAACCUCUCCAUAUCCGGUCAUCCUUUCUUUAGAAAAUCAUUGCUCGAUUCAACAACAAGGCAGAAUGGCUCAAAUAUUUCAAAUGGUAUUCGGCGACAAACUAGUGGGAAAAUUUCUAUUCGACGCCGAUUUCAGUGACGACCCCCAUUUACCAUCACCAGCGCAGCUCAAAAACCGUAUUUUAAUCAAAAACAAGAAAUUAAUGGCUGAUAUCACACCGCAUCCUAUUCUGAAGGGUGCCAGAGCAACCCAGAGGCAACCUCAAGCUCCCAGAGCUAGUUCUAUAGUAUCUAAUACAAGUGGAGGAUCGUUGAAUGACGAGUAUAGCGAUGAUGACGAUGACGACGAUGAUGACGACGACGACAACUUAGAUGCAACUACGAGAACUGAUUCUUUAUCUAGUCACGAAACUCCAUCACGAAAUCCUACGAAAUCCUCGUUGCAGUUGACCGAAACCGAAUGGAAUGGUUUGGAAGAUGACGUCAUUCAAAAAUGCAAAAAACAAAAUAACCAAAUUUCCAAAGAACUGUCCGAUAUUAUUAUUUAUAUACAGGCGAUAAAAUUCCGAGGCUUGAACACGAUCAGCCCCAGCAGCUCAGUCCGUUACAAACGCUCGGUCACCAGUUCUCUGCCAAGCUCCAUCACGAAAAAAGUAUCCAGCACGAGCAGCCCCAGCUCAUCCGAAUCUCACCACUCAAAACAACGUCUCAACAUGUACCAUCCUUGCUACCAAUGCGCCUCGUUGAACGAAAACGCAGCCAAAAAGCUAUGUCGUAAGCAACCACUCGCUUUGAUCGCCCACACCGAGACCCAGCUAGUCAGAACCUAUCCAGCAGGAAUGCGCAUAGAUUCAUCCAACUUCAACCCAGUUAUAUUCUGGUCUUUCGGGAUACAAAUGGUAGCUUUGAAUUAUCAAACCGAAGAUACCGCUUUACAUAUAAAUACGGCCAUGUUCGAGCAAAAUGGCCGAUGCGGUUAUGUCCUCAAACCGAGCGUUAUGUGCGAUCGUAAUCACAUGAUGUAUCGUCGUUUCAAUCCUUGGGAUAAGGAAUUUGAUGGAUUACAUUCGUCUAAUUUCAUACUGCAUGUCAUCUCUGGUCAAUAUUUGUCGCAGAAUAACUUCUAUUCGAGCGUUCAAGUCGAGGUCGAGUUGAUCGGUAUACCGGUGGAUAGUUGUAAGCAGAAGACGAAAAUUGUGCAGAGGAAUUCGCUGAAUCCGACGUGGAAUGACACGUUUUAUUUUCAAGUCAUGUUUAGAGAUUUAACUUUCAUUAGAUUCAACGUGAUCGAUGUCAGUACUGGUCACAUCACAGCUCAAAGAGUCAUACCACUAAAACACCUGAAACCCGGAUACAGACACGUGCGUCUGCGUAAUAAUCAAAAUCAACCUUUAUACGUUUCCACCUUGUUUAUCUACUCGAGAACCGAGGAGGAAAGCUUGGACUAUGCCAGCUCUGAGAAUUCCUUCCCCAAAGAAGGCCCUAGCUGCUCGAUCGAGUCCAGUGGCACGCUAGGCAAACCGGAUGCCCGAUGUCCGGGAGUCAAACGACGUAUGUUCUUCUUAAUGGUCUACGGAGUUGUACCAGAUGAGCCUAGCACCAUAUUGAAAAUAACCCAAGAAAGCACCACUCAAGAAGUGAUUCUGCAAGCUCUACAGAAAGCUGGCCUAGGCGCUGAGAAAAUCAACGAUUACGUGUUAGUCGAAGAAGUAUCCAGAGGAUGGGAAAAGAAAGACCGAGAAAUACCAGCCACUCAACGUGUCCUCGAUCCUCAAGAAUGUCCUCUACAAGCCCAAGCCCAAUGGCAAGGCGAAGGGCGUUUCUUACUCAAACGUUUGGGUGACGAUCCAAGCAGCAGAGCUUGGCUAUCAUCCAUCCGAAGUACUCGAAUCCGGCAGCCUAAAACUUGGGAAGAUGCUGACAACUUUUUAGUUUGCGUUUACAAUGUCUCAGCUGAUAUCCCUUACGCUAUCCUCAAAGUACCAUUGAGCGCCUGCGCUCAAGAUGUUCUAGCUCAGGCUCUAAUCAAAGCCAGACGUUUAGAAAACCCUUCUCAAUUCGUGCUCAUCGAAGAACUAGAGUACGGAGGUAAUAAACAACAGAGAGUGUUACCAGACGAUGAGAAUAUCUAUCGAACCCAAGCCCAUUGGCCCACCCUGGGUCGAUUCAUCCUCCACGAGCGAGACACCCUGAAAAAAGUACGAAGCACAACUUUCGAAAAACUCAGCAAAGGGUUAUCCAAGCUGCCAGUAGGCGAAGCUCUCAGUGAUCCACCAACUAGUCGGUUCAUGAAAACCAGGUUCCCUCUGAGUGGACUGGGUCGUGGAGGAAGCGCCAAAGAGAACAUUGUUUCUAUUGAACCAACACCCAAGAAACAUCGCGAAGUUCAUUCCGAAGGAGAGGCCAUUAGCGAUGAGGAGAAAGAUCAGGAUUUUAUCAGUACCAUGUCCAGAUUGAAGAGACUGUCGUUGCGUAAAUUUCGUGCUUGGAAGUCGUGACUAAAGUAGAUCAGAACAGUGGUCUUGGGUCAUUGUUCUUUUAGGCAAUUCUCUCUAUGUUUUUUUUAUGGAUCAGUAACGAGUGGAAAAUAUUGAAGGAAGCUUCGUACUACGGUUUCGUUUUGAGGUUUGGAAUGUGAGGCAACUGAUCUGCCAUUUACUUCAAUAAGUAUAUAAAUAGCUUAUAUCUGUUUACGUCGACAUCUUCUCCCUCUUAGACCUUUCGUUUUUGUAAUAUAUCAUCUUUCUGUUAUCUUACUGUAUGAAAUUUCCAUUCGUUUGGAAAUUUAAAAUCGUCCAAGUAUCAGCGUAACAAUUUCAAUGCAAUUUUAUAUGUAAUACCUAAUUUGAUGUGGAAAAGUGACAUUUUUCACUUUAAGGAGAAGAACAUUUUAUCAUCUUAAGUUCUUUAGCUACCAAAUGACAUAUUUAUCGUGACCAGAAUAGACUUGAGAAACCUUUUUCAAGUUGUAUGUACUGUCAAAAUUCAUGAAUUAUUUGGCCUUAAAAACCAUCACAAAUGUGUAGAAAAUGAAUAAUACUACGCUGAUACUAUAAUUGAUAUUUACAUGUAUUAAAUCUGUAGUACCUAUUUUAUAAUAUUUACUUUCUAUUGGCCAAAAAUUGUCAAACAUGGCGUCUAAAAAGUAUUCUCGAAAUUGAAAAUUGCUUUUAACUAUUAAUCUAGUCAUUGGAAAAUGUUCUGUGAUAUUUUAUACCUAAACAAAAAAGAAGCAAACCCUAUAAAAUUUGUAUGGAGUGUAACUCUGUCGUAUGUGGUUUAAAAAAAAAGCUACGAAAGGCACAUCAUAAAAAACCAUUUUAUUCGUAAUUUUUAAAAAAAAGUUGAAAGAAGAAAUUUUGUUAUUUUGAAGAAUGGAAUUACGUCGGGGUAGGCAUAUCGUGAAUAUGCGCUGCUGCAAAACGAAGAACAUUUUUUAAAAUUAUUUAUUUGGACGUAUAUUUCUUUCUCAAAACUAUAAUGACCUAGGUAUUUGUUUUGCCGGUUGAUUUUCAUUUUUUUUCUUUCUUCAUUAUUGUGAUUAGUUAUGUAAGCACAUCUUUGUUUGAUAUGAGCAAUGUUGAUAGUACCUAUUGAGUAAAUUUUCAACAUUAUAGUAUACACCUUUUUUUCUCUUUUAUUUUUUUGUUUAUUUGUUUUCGUUAUUGUACUAUUUAUUUAUUGAAUUGUACAGAAUUUUUUUGUAACGAAUUUUUAUUUAUUUUUCUUUUAUGGUAAAAUCAUUUUAAAUAUACCCACGUAAGUAUAUUGUGCUGUAUUAUCUCUGUUUUCGCAGAUAAAAGUCUUUUUUCCCUACCGCCCCUUUCCAUUUUUUUUCUCCUAAUAUACUUACGUUCAUUAUGGCAUUUAUGUAUGUAGUUUUGAACGAAUAAACGUAUUACCUAAUUGAUUUUGAAAGUAUUUGUUACGUAACUUACCUACUUUAAAAAUUUUCGACAGAAUUUUCCUUGUUAAAUUUAUCUACGUUGAUUUUCAAUUUACCGGUUAAAAACAUAUCGUUGUAAUGACCAAUACUAUUGACUAUUGUGUAUUAAAACUGAAAUAAAUACAUUCUACUUUGUAAGAAGAA